AAAGGAGCUCCUCAUUUGCAUUCUUGCAAGGUUUUAACCGACUACACUAAAUAUCUUUAUUCUGCUUCUGUUGGCCACGUCACUCUACUUGUUACUGGCUGCUAGCACAAUGACUGCGAGGUACGGUGAGUAUCAAUCGGAGAUCUACGGCCGCGGGGCUGCGACGGGCCUUCUGCCGACCGUUACGACGGACCCGCGGUUGCUUGAGGAGCAGGCGAAGAAGGCACUGAGUGCGCGUUCGUUCAAUUAUAUUGCUGGCGGCGCGGGAGAGAAGGCGACGAUGGAUAGUAAUCGGUUGGCGUUUCGGCAGUGGAAGCUGAUCCCGAGGAUGAUGAGGCCGGUGGAUAACCAAAACCUCAGCGUAAAUCUGUUUGGACAGGAGUAUCCCAAUCCAAUCCUCCAGGCACCGGUGGGAGUGCAAUGCCUCUUUCACGAUGACAAGGAGAAGGGGCUAGCGGAGGCCUGCUCGGAGGCCGACGUACCAUAUACCCUUAGCACGGCCAGCAGCAGCACGAUCGAGGAAGUGGCCGCGGCAAACGGGGAUGGAAAACGAUGGUUUCAGCUCUACUGGCCGGUGAGCGAUGACAUUACUCUGUCCCUACUGAAACGCGCGAAGGAGAAUGACUUCUCCGUGCUGGUUGUGACCCUAGACACAUGGUCGCUUGCAUGGCGCCCAGCAGAUCUUGACAAUGCCUACAUCCCGUUUAUCAAGGAGGUCGGUAACCAGAUUGGCUUCAGCGAUCCAGUGUUCCGGAAGAAUUUCGAGCAGGAAUCCGGGCGCAAAAUCGAGGAUGAUAUUGUCGGUGCUUCUAUGGCAUGGACCUCUGACUUGUUCCCUGGCCGGCCGCACACUUGGGAGGACGUAGCCUUCCUUCGAAAGAACUGGGAUGGUCCAAUCGUGCUGAAGGGUAUUCAGCAUGCGGACGAUGCUAAAUUGGCCCUGAAGGCGGGAUGCGACGGCAUCGUGGUCUCUAACCAUGGAGGUCGACAAGUGGAUGGCGCGAUCGGUUCUUUGGAAGUGCUUCCAGAGAUUGUCGAGGCAGUCGGCGACAAGAUGACCGUCCUCUUCGAUUCCGGCGUUCGGACUGGCUCCGAUGUCAUCAAAGCGCUGUGCUUAGGGGCCAAGGCAGUCUUUGUUGGCCGACCGCCGAUCUAUGGUCUCGCCAUUGAUGGAAAGAACGGGGCGAAAGCCGUACUGAGAGGAUUGUUAGCAGACUUGUGGCAGAAUAUGAGCUUGGCGGGAAUCUGUACGGUCGCCGAGUGCACUCCGGACAGGAUCAGGAAGAUUCAAUAUCCUGGGGAUAGCAAAGCGACGUCGUGAUACAAGAAAUAACUGUCGUGGCGGCCGAAUGGCUGUGCAGUUGAACGAUC